AUGGCGGCCGAGGCUCUGGCGGGGAGCGCAGGCGGCCGCCUUCCCGGGGACGGCUCACCGCAGGCCCGGGACCCAGACGCGGCUCCCGCCCGGCGGCGCGCCUCGUCGCUGUCUCGAGAUGCCGAGCGCCGGGCCCACCAGUGGUGCCGGGAGUACUUGGGCGGGGCGUGGCGCAGGGCGCUGCCCGGCGAGCUGCGGGUCCAGCCCGUGAGCGGAGGCCUCAGUAACCUGCUCUUCCGCUGCUCGCUCCCCGACUACCUGCCCAGCGUUGGCGACGAACCCCGGGAGGUGCUGCUGCGGGUGUACGGGGCCAUCCUGCAGGGUGUGGACUCCUUGGUCCUGGAGAGCGUGAUGUUCGCCAUCCUUGCCGAGCGGGCGCUGGGACCCCAGCUCUAUGGCGUCUUUCCAGAGGGCCGGCUGGAACAGUACAUCCCAAGCCGGCCACUGAAGACCCAGGAGCUUCGCGACCCAGUGCUGUCAGCAGCCAUUGCCACCAAGAUGGCCCAGUUCCAUGGCAUGGAGAUGCCCUUCACCAAGGAGCCCCACUGGCUGUUUGGGACCAUGGAGCGGUAUCUGAAACAGAUCCAGGAGCUGCCCGACACUGGCCUGCCGCAGCCCCACCUACUGGAGACCUACAAGCUGAAAGAUGAGAUGGGCCAGCUCAGGAAGUUGCUGGACUCAACUCCAUCACCUGUGGUCUUCUGCCACAAUGACAUUCAGGAAGGGAACAUCUUGCUGCUCUCCGAGCCACGGAGUGCUGACAGCCUCAUGCUGGUGGACUUUGAGUACAGCAGUUACAACUACCGGGGGUUUGACAUCGGGAACCACUUUUGUGAGUGGGUGUAUGACUACACACACGAAGAGUGGCCCUUCUACAGAGCACAGCCUGCGGACUACCCAACGCGGGGGCAGCAGCUGCAUUUUAUUCGCCACUACCUGGCAGAAGUACAGAAAGGUGAGACUCUCCCCCAGGCUGAACAGAGCAAACUGGAAGAAGAUUUGCUGAUAGAGGUCAACCGGUACGCGCUGGCCUCCCACUUCUUCUGGGGCCUGUGGUCAACCCUCCAGGCCUCCAUGUCCACCAUAGAGUUUGGUUACCUGGAGUACGCCCAAUCCCGGUUCCAGUUCUAUUUCCAGCAGAAGAGCCAACUGACCGGCUCGCCCCCCUCGUCUUGACAGCCGCGGGAUACUGGGAUUUCCCCUGAACCUCCAGGGCAGGAUCUUGGAGGGCAGGACAGAGAGGAUGGGGCUGUGCCCCCAAGUGAGGGCUCCCCACCUUGUCCCCUGCUAUGUUCCCCAAGACAAUAAAGAGCUGCUUCCUUCA